CGCCGAAAACUCCAUCCACGUACAUGCUCUAUGGUCUCAAAAGCAAGAUUCUUGACGAAUGUAAGAACCACAUGUAAUUGGUCGUCCGAUCUUUAUGAUGAACCUUUUCUUUCCUUGAUUAGAGGAAUCUCUUCUUCAAUCACUGUUGGAUUAUCCGAAUCUCAAUAACCCUUAAGCAGAAAUGAUUCAAAGUGAAGAAGAAAUCUCAGCUCCACUCAUCAAGAAACUCAAACCAUGUGCAGUUCACCAGCCGCAGGCGUCCGCCGCCUCCACUUCGGAAGAAGAAGAAAACUCUCCGGUGGAGCAAGUGGCACUGACGGUGCCUCCGACCGACGACCCCACGCUGCCGGUUGUCACCUUCCGGAUGUGGACUUUGGGGGCGGCGGCCUGCGUUAUGCUCUCCUUCCUCAACCAGUUCUUCUGGUACCGCCGCGAGCCGCUCUCGAUUACUGCCAUCUCCGCCCAGAUCGCUGUGGUGCCCCUAGGCCACCUCAUGGCGGCGGCGCUGCCGCGGCGGGUGUUCUUCGAGGGGCAAAAGUGGGAGUUCAGCUUCAACCCCGGGAAGUUCAAUGUGAAGGAGCACGUCCUGAUCACGAUCUUUGCCAACGCCGGGGCUGCGAAUCCUUACUCGAUCCACAUUGUUAGUGCGGUAAAGAUAUUUUACGGGCAGAAGUUGACUUUCUGGGUGGCACUGGGAGUGGUUUUGACGACGCAGGUAUUGGGAUUCGGAUGGGCCGGGCUUUUCCGGAGGUACUUGGUGGAGCCCGCAUCUAUGUGGUGGCCCCAAAAUCUGGUUCAGGUGUCUCUCUUCAGGGCACUUCAUGAGAAAGAAGUAAGAGACAGAGGUGCAUUGACACGAAACCAGUUUUUUCUCAUUGCCUUCCUUUGCAGCUUUGCUUACUAUGUAUUUCCAGGAUACCUCUUCCCGAAGCUUACUUCAGUUUCCUGGCUUUGCUGGAUAUUUUCUUCUUCUGUCCUAUUCCAACAGCUCGGUUCUGGGCUUCACGGUUUAGGAAUCGGUGCUAUUGGGCUUGAUUGGUCCAGCAUAUCCUCAUACCUUGGAAGCCCAUUAGCCAGCCCGUGGUUUGCUACUGCUAACAUUGCUGUCGGAUAUUUUAUUUGCAUGUAUGCAGUUACACCUAUUAUGUACUGGCUCAAUGUCUAUAACGCAAAGACCUUUCCAAUAUUUUCCGAUGGCCUCUAUACAUCAGAAGGGCAAAAGUAUAACAUCUCAGCCAUUGUAGAUCCAAACUUCCACAUUGACCUACAGUCAUAUGAGCGUGAAGGCCGUCUCUACCUCAGCACCUUCUUCGCAAUGACUUAUGCUUUCAGUUUUGCGUGUCUCACAGCCACCAUUGCACAUGUCCUCCUUUUCCAUGGCAGAGAUCUGUGGCUGCUGAGCAAGUCAGCCUUCAAGGAGAAGAAGAUGGACAUACACACCAAGCUUAUGCAAAAUUACAAGCAAGUCCCUGAAUGGUGGUUUAUGUGCAUUCUUCUGAUAAACAUUGCAGGCACCCUACUCAUCUGUCAAAUUUACUAUAAUCAACUUCAGUUGCCGUGGUGGGGUGUCUUAUUAGCGUGCGUUCUUGCCUUCUGUUUCACCCUUCCCGUUGGAGUUAUCACUGCCACAACAAACCAAACACCAGGACUGAACGUGAUCACUGAGUACAUGAUCGGGUACCUGUAUCCAGGAUAUCCAGUUGCUAACAUGUGCUUUAAGGUGUAUGGCUAUAUCAGUAUGAAACAAGCGCUAAUAUUUCUCCAAGACCUCAAACUCGGACAUUAUAUGAAAAUACCCCCUAGAGCAAUGUUCAUGGCCCAGGUAGUCGGCACUCUUAUAUCAUCACUGGUACAUCUAGGAACAGCAUGGUGGCUCAUGGACACCGUUCCAAACAUUUGUGACAGAACGGCGCUUCCUCCUGGCAGCCCAUGGACAUGCCCAGGUGACCAUGUGUUUUAUGAUGCCUCCGUCAUUUGGGGUUUGAUCGGGCCGGAGAGGAUAUUUGGUGAUCUCGGCUACUAUUCUGCUAUUAAUUGGUCUUUUCUAGUUGGGGCCAUAGCUCCCCUUUUGGUUUGGCUUGCACACAAGGCCUUUCCGAACCAGCAAUGGAUUAGACUCAUCUCCGUCCCUGUGCUGUUAGUGUCAAUAAUAAAUAUGCCUCCAGCUACUUCAGUCAACUACAACAGUUGGAUUAUCAUUGGCUUCUUGUCUGGCUAUGUUGCAUACAGAUACUAUCGCGACUGGUGGAGCAAACACAAUUAUGUCUUGUCGGGGGCUCUUGAUGCUGGAUUGGCGUUCAUGGGGGUAUUUCUCUAUUUGUGCUUAGGUAUGAAGCACAUUAGCCUUGACUGGUGGGGAAGUGAUACGGAUGGAUGCCCGUUGGCUUCUUGCCCAACUGCUAAAGGAAUUGUUGUGAAAGGAUGCCCCAUUUUUUGAUUGGUGUGAGUACAGUUGUUGUUUUCUGGACUUUUCCUACUGUAUUAGUCGAUGUGGGUAAAUAAUUUUACAUUGUUUUACAAAUGUUUACAAAAUGUGCUAUAGAAAACGGCGAAAUCUCAAGAAUGGAAGACGUAUUGGUAUAAAAGCAUUGCAAUUUUGACA